UCAUCCCGUUUUCCAGCCCGACACCCCCCUAUUCCCCCCCCCGCCCCUCUUUGGCCGGUGCCGUCCUGCGCGGUGCGUGUGUCCCGUGCUCCGGGCUGGAGGCUGCUCGUGGGACACGGCAGGCGCCGAGGGCUGCUGCGAGGUCAGGGUUGGUGCAGCCUGGUGGCUCGAGAGAGUGUUGGAGGGCUUUGGAGGCCGAUCGGCGCGGUGUCCCGCUCGGAAAUCCCGGUGGUCUCCUUGCCGUCCCCUCGCACUGUGCCUGGAGGUCUGUGAUCCCCUGGGGGUGUGGAUUCGUGGGACCGCAGCGUGGUUGGGUUGGAAAGGACCUCAAAGCCCACCCGGUUUCAAUCCUCUGCCGUGGACAGCGCUGCUGCCCUCUGGGUCAGGCGUUGCCUGAAAACAGGUGCCAUCUGAAAUGGUGUUAAUGACCACGGCUGGGGCGUGCGCUGCAUUGACAGCCCCCCAAUCUCCUUACAUAAAGAAAAGUGAAAAAAGAGAGAGAGGAGGAUGGAGACAUGAUUCUUGUUUUCCCAAGAACCCACCAAAGAAGCCCGUUAACACAAUCUCAUGGCUAAAAUUACAUACUAUGUUUAUGUCUGUGUGUACACACGCAUAGAUGUGAGAGGGAGGAAACUCAGCUGUAAUUCUUGGAGUAAAUAUAGCCACCACGUGAUGAGUCUAAUGUAUAAUUAGCAUGACCUGGUGGUAUGGAGCAGGAGGCUGACUCGGCACCGAGACGCUUUGCCCUGUGCUCACGGUGCUGUGUGCUGCUGUGUCCCUGCUGGUGGAGCCGCUCUGGCCGUGCAAGUGGGAGUGGGAUCCGUGCUGCCCCGCUGUUCCACUCGGCACCCAUGUAAAUCUACUCUCAGCCACACUCGCGGCAGCGCUCCUGACCUGCCUGGCUCCCAGCAUUGUGCCUGUACUGGAGAUGGCUGGGGGGAAAUGCCGGGAGAACUUCUCACAUGAGUUCUUGGAUUCUGUUUCUGGCUGCACUGUUGACUCACUGUGUGACCAGAGCUUGAAAAAUUUCACCGAGGCUGUGUCUGGUGCUCGGCUGGGUGCCUGGGUCGCCGCACCUCUCGGGCUACAUUCCUGCUGUUUGAAAGAGAACAAUUAAAUCCUUAUUUUGCAGUGCCUAUAGCUGUGUUAUUAGCGUUAGAUGUGUAAUUUCUAAGGUACACGUAUGUUUCUGCUGCCUUUUAUACUUUCUUUUUUGACAGUGUUUCACUUCCCUUCGGUGCAUUGUGAUUUGUCUUCUUACCCCUUCAGAAAGACAGAGGGCUAGAGCUCCUAUCAGUGCUUUCACUGAGGAUCAGGGUGUCAGUGCCACAAGAGUGAAGAGAACUACCCCAGAUUCCUCACUCUUCCCUUGGCUCCCUGUUAGUGGAGGAAGAGGAGGAUGCGGUCCCUUCUAUGUUUGGGUUCUGAGGGCUGCUUCUGGAGAACUUAGCUUCCUGUUCAUAGCUUUAAUGCACAGUUGCAUGGCAAAGUCUGCUUGAUUCUCAGCAAAACAGAAUGAAAUCAGCCCACGUCUGUUUGCUCGCAGCGUGAGAGAGCUCUGAGUAAUGGCAUCACGUGAGCUGUUUGCACGCUCGCAGACCCACGGUUACAGCAGUUCUGUUGGGCUACAAACCCAGCUUGGGUUUGUGUUCCACCACGUGGAUUUCUGAGGGAGCCCUGCUGGUGCUUGCUGUGAGCGUAUGCUCUGCAAGUAUCUGGGAAAUACUGACUUUGAAAAUGAGUCUCAUGCUUUGAAAUCACCUUUGCUGAAAUGGAAGCACAGCUUCUGCUAGGUUAAGGGAUGCAUAGCUUUCACAGCAGCAUCUUUAGUCUUAGAAUCAUAAACAGCAGCAGGAGGCUGUUCCACUUUGGAAUUACUAUUUACCCCUUAGCUGUCUUUUCCAAGCAGGCUGCAGAGUUCAGCUGCUCAGUCUGCAUGGUGGCUGUUGUUUCCUGGCGAAUAGGAAGGAGUUCUGCUUAACUGUGUGCCUCUGUACAUGUUGGUUUUGUUAUUGUUGUUGAUAGAUACUCAAAGAGUGCUCUCUUUCGGAAUUUGUAGUGUUUUCUGGUAUAGGACUUCUAGGCACAACCACCUGUUUUGUUUUCCUUAUUAGCUCACGCUUUUGGAAACAGUUUUGCCAGAAACAUUUGUAUACAGUAUUUACAGAUGGAAUCACUGUAGGUCUAAUGUAUCAAACUUUGUCACAGCUGGAUGCCACCAUCCCAGGAGGGCUGCACUGUACAGGAGCGACAGGCACAUAGAUCAGCACUGUGCUGCAAAGAUUCCCUCAGAGUUAGGAGAGUUAAAGCAGAACUGGUCCUGAUGGAGGGAGCAAUGUGUGAUUUAUAGUUGAGAGUAUCCUUUUUUUCCCAUAGAUAAUAUCUAAAAGGUGCUCUGGAGCUGUGUGCACAAAGUGAAGGGCGUAGCUGCUGUCUGAGAGCUCCAGUGCCCAAGCUGUUAGCCGAAGGGAGCUGUAGUUCCUCUGCUGAAGGUUUCUAAUGGAGGCAAUUUGCUUAAAGCUUAAGAACCAGACAUAGAGAAGGAAAGAGUGAGGAAUGCAAACAGAAUGUCAGAUAACUAAACCAUAAUUGACUUGCACCAAUUACUGAGGGAUAAAACCUUGAAAUUAUGAGCUUGUGCUCUAUCUUAUAAAUGCCAAACCCGGAGCGCGAUCACACGCCGCUUGGAAAGGCCCUGGAGCUGCAGCUGGAGUAUCUUUAUCUUCACUUGCUUUUCCUCAUCAAAUCUGCCGUCCGCUUGCUGCUGGAAGCUGCCGUGUGCUGAAGAAACUGUAAGCUGAGAAGAUAAAGCGCCUUCCGACAGCUGUAGCAGCAGAGCUGCUGUGAAUAUGUUGUAUUUUUAUCUGUCUUGUACAACUGCUUGGUCGCUUAUCAGGCCUGACUGAAAGGUACACCAUAAAAUGCACCCAGGAACUUGUGGAGUGUGUAUGAGAAUGCUGACUGACGCCGGUGGGUAUUUGCUUCAGGCUGUUGUAUCGUUGACUGGUGGCCAGCCCAACGUUUCUUAUAUGCUGCAAGCUGGUGGGUAAAUAAUGGCCUUUCAGUUCUAGAGCAUGGGUUUGGGCUGAUAGUGUGAGUCAGGUAGGCUCCUUUGUCAGUUGCAUGCCUGUGUGUCGUAAUGCACUGUUUGCCAAUGAUGACUCUGCCUCAUCCGUAACCUUUUUGCCCAAACAUGGGGUGAGCCAGUCUGUGAACUGGAGAAAUGCCGCUGUUGUUUUUGCAGGAAUGCCUUUGGCUCAGGCUGUAGCAAUUCUCCAGAAGCACUGUCGCAUUAUCAAGAAUGUCCAGGUUCUCUACAGUGAGCAGUCACCUCUUAGCCACGACCUCAUCCUUAACCUGACUCAGGAUGGAAUCAAACUGCUGUUUGAUGCUUUCAAUCAGAGACUUAAGGUGAUUGAAGUUUAUGACUUGACUAAGGUGAAGUUAAAAUAUUGUGGUGUCCAUUUUAACUCUCAGGCAAUUGCUCCAACCAUAGAACAAAUUGAUCAGUCAUUUGGAGCAACGCAUCCAGGAGUGUAUAAUUCAGCUGAACAACUCUUUCACCUCAAUUUCAGAGGACUCUCGUUUUCUUUUCAGCUAGACUCCUGGACUGAAACUCCAAAGUACGAGCCUAACUUUGCGCAUGGUCUGGCUUCUCUGCAAAUUCCACAUGGUGCGACUGUGAAACGCAUGUACAUCUACAAUGGAAACAGCCUGCAGGAUACCAAGGCUCCCUUGAUGCCGCUCAGCUGUUUCCUUGGCAAUGUAUAUGCUGAGAAUGUCGAUGUGCUGAGAGAUGGGACUGGACCCUCAGGUUUACGGCUUCGCCUACUCACUGCAGGCUGUGGCCCAGGUGUGUUGGCCGAUGCCAAGAUGCGGGUAUUUGAGCGCUGCGUGUACUUUGGUGAUUCGUGCCAGGAUGUGCUGAGCACCUUGGGGUCCCCGCACAAAGUUUUCUACAAGUCUGAAGAUAAGAUGAAAAUCCACUCACCCUCGCCCCAUAAGCAGGUUCCAUCGAAGUGCAAUGACUACUUCUUCAAUUAUUUCACACUUGGAGUGGAUAUUCUCUUUGAUGCAAACACUCACAAGGUGAAGAAAUUUGUCUUGCAUACAAAUUAUCCUGGUCAUUACAACUUUAACAUCUACCAUCGCUGUGAAUUCAAGAUUCCACUAGUCAUUAAGCGAGAUAGCGCCGAUUCACAGACUGAAACAUGUACAACGUACAGUAAGUGGGACAGUAUUCAGGACCUCCUGGGGCACCCUGUAGAGAAGCCAGUGGUACUUCACAGGUCAUCAUCUCCGAACAACACUAACCCAUUUGGGUCAACUUUUUGCUUUGGACUGCAACGAAUGAUCUUUGAGGUAAUGCAGAAUAAUCACAUAGCUUCUGUUACUCUGUAUGGCCCAACAAGGCCCAGCAGCCAGUUGAGAACAUCGGACCUUCCCCAGUGAGCAUCCCCUGCAAAGUCAGCUAAUCUAAAUGCUACAGAAUUAGUA